UGUUACCUUAAGAGCAGCUCUCUCCAUAGCAACUGAAAACUUUUCAAGGCAGCAUAAACUAAUCCUCUCCAGCUUCCAGAGCACCAUCAAGGAAUUUUAAAAACAUUGGACUUCUAGCAGCUAAAUACUUCUGAGGAUUCAGAAGGCCACAAACCUAGAUACACAAGCAUUCUUUUUCCCUUCAGAAGAUUCCUCAUGUUUCAAGUUUAAGCUGUGAAGUGCAAGGAACAAUCCAACAUUCAGUGCAGAUCACACACUACAGGAAGAGGAGAUGUGUUUUCUGACGAAGCAUCCAGCUCUUGGGAUGGUAUGUUCUGCUUUCAUAUUCAGCGUGCUCAUUGCUGAAGGACAGCCUGGGGAAGAGCAUGGGCAGGAUGGCAGCUAUGCUCCCAGCCGAGGCUCUCUGAUGGAAGUUUUGCGCGUUCUUUCAGCUGACAACACUGAGCUCCACAUGAACCACUCACGAGAACUGGUCAAAAUGUUACUGGAGAGAGCUGAGUGCCCACAGCGGAUUUAUGGCAUGCAAGAGGAUUGUAAUCUGUGCCUUGAACCAGAUGCUUUGUUACUAAUAGCUGGAGGAAAUUUAGAAGACCAUCUCAGUGAAGAAACAUUUGAGAGAAUUUCUCUUAUUCUUCUCUACUACAUUCUUCAUCAUAGAGAUGUAUGUUUUUCAGAACUCAACAAUAAGGAUUAUAAAUUUUACCUACAGAGUAUGCUUAGCUUAAGACAUGAUGAAGACUGUUACUAUUUUUCACGGAAUGAAACUGAAGAUGUUUUGGCAGCAGUAAGGCAACAUUUUAAAACUUCUGAAACCCAGUGUGUUGAUGUGAGUACUCUGGAGAAAAAUGCUGAUAUAAUGGACAGAGAUGGUGCUGAUGAAAACAGUCUUCCACGCCUGGCUGCUUUAAUCAUUACUCUGGCUCUCCAAGGAGUCUGUAUGGGGAAAGCAAGCUUGCCCUCCCCAGAAUUCUUUGUAAAAUAUAUUUUCAAUUCUUUGAACAGUACUACUGAGCUCCAAGUGACAGAACUAGAACAACUACUAAAUAUGCUUACAGCCAAAAAGAUCUGCACUAGAUACUGGAACCAGAAAUAUUCUUGUUUCUCUGCCAAUGAACUUCUGAAGAUAUUUUUUAAAAACAGUUCCUCCUCCAUUUCUAAGGACCACUUCAAGCAAAUCAGUCCAGCUAUCAUUCAGCAACUAUUAAGUUGUUCAUGUCAGCUUCCUGACUCCAAGCAGAAAAAGCUUCCACCAACAACUCUGGAAA